AUGCUCGAGGUCGAGAGCGGCCUUGUCCAGCAGAAGGAGGAGUUUGCGAUGAAGAUGGAGUCGCUUGCCCAGCGGCGGGAGGAGCUUGCGCGGAAGGAGAACCAACUCAAGGAGUCGCUGAUGAAGUUCGACAAGUUCCUGAAGGAAAACGAUGCCAAGAGAACGAGGGCGCUGAAAAAGUCGCUGGACGAGCGCAAGACCAAGGAGCAAAAGGAAACCGAGAUCCUGAAUCUGAAGGACAACUUCUCCAAUCUGAGCAACAAGAAAGAUCGGCAAGCCCACAUCAUCGAGGCCUUCAUGCCCUUCCAGAGCUACCUCGAGUCUGUUCUCGAGAACACCGAUGAUUUUGGCGAGGUCAAGGACAUCCUGGCUCGCUUCGACACCCUCUGCGCCACCAACGGCGAGCUCAUCGACCGGGCCCGGGAGGCUCAGGAGAGAACCGAGCGAGACCGGCUGCAGUUCAGUCUCUCGACCGAGGAAAAGAACAAUCUGAUCCUAAACUACAACAACGAGAUCGCCAAGCUGCAGACUCGCUUGGAAGAGAGUCAGCUCAAGAGUGCAAAGUGGCAGGCCGAGUACGACUCUACGCUGAACAGCGUGAGCCAGAAGACGCUACUGGUCGGCCAAAUCAAAAUGGCCGCAAGCAAUCUCUUCCAGCUCGUCAAGACACACCUGAACAACCGAGUCAAUACCUCCGUCGACACCCUCAACCAGCUCGACAAGAUCCAACAAUUCAUGCUAGACCUGAACCAGAUCACGUCCGAGAUCCAGAGCCCGACCGACAAGGAGAAGCCUGUGCCUGCAUCCAAGCCGGCAUCGUGA